AAACGCCAUAACCGUUUACCAUUUACUCCAAGACGAUUUCAUUUAUCGUGUUCGUGUUUCUUUCAGAUAGUUUAGUGCGUUCAGUUAAUUCAUACGCAGCGGACACGGCCCAGCGACGGCGUGUGCGACACCAUCGAUCACCAAUCGCCGCCCAAGAAUGUAAUAUCGAUCUAAAACCGAGUGCUCGCCGUUAUUAACCGUCCGCCAAACUAAGACUCAGUUCACAGGAGAUUAUAAUAGUUGAUAAAAGUUUCGUUACGUUCCCGCAGGAAGUUAUUAUUGCAAACAUGAUUCCUGCGAGGUGGUUCCGAUGCAGGAACACAAUCGCAAUCGCACUUAUCAUCGCUCUAGUUAUUGUACAAAUUGACGCCGAAACAAAAGUGACGCGGCGUAGAUUAAGACGCCCGCAGACUUCUGUCACCUCAUCGGUGUCGACAAGUGGUGACCAGGAGGUGUCAGCAAGCGUCAACCGCCUGCGGACACGUGGUAGAGGUGGAUCAAAAAAGACCAGCGAUAAUACAGUGGCCGCUGCCACCAGCGUCAGCAAAAAAGAUAAAGAUGGAUACAAAGUGGUCUGUUACUAUACGAAUUGGUCCCAAUACCGACCAAAAAUCGGAAAAUUCACACCGGAAGACAUCACGCCUGAUCUAUGCACACAUAUCAUCUUCUCAUUCGGCUGGUUGAAAAAGGGUAAACUUUCGUCCUUCGAGAGUAAUGACGAAGCGAAGGAUGGCAAGACAGGUCUCUACGAUCGCAUCAAUAAAUUGAAGAAAGCAAAUCCAUCAUUAAAAACCCUCCUAGCCAUUGGUGGAUGGUCCUUCGGCACCCAGAAGUUUAAGGACAUGUCGGGUACCCGCUAUGCUCGCCAGACAUUCAUCUACAGCGCCAUUCCAUUCCUGCGAGACCGUGGUUUCGACGGAUUGGACAUCGAUUGGGAAUACCCGAAAGGAUCCGACGACAAGAAAAACUACGUUCACUUAUUGAAAGAAUUACGAGAGGCGUUUGAAGCCGAAGCGCAAGAAAUCAAAAAACCCAGGUUGUUGUUAUCUGCAGCUGUGCCUGUUGGACCUGAUAACAUCAAAUCUGGUUAUGAUGUACCAGCAGUCGCCUCCUAUCUGGACUUUAUUAAUUUGAUGGCGUAUGAUUUCCAUGGUAAAUGGGAGCGUGAAACAGGUCAUAAUGCGCCGUUGUACGCACCGAGCAGUGACAGUGAGUGGAGGAAGCAGUUGUCCGUUGAUCACGCGGCUAAUCUCUGGGUUAAACUGGGAGCACCUCGUGAGAAACUCAUCAUUGGUAUGCCCACCUAUGGCAGGACCUUUACGUUGAGCAAUCCAAGUAAAUACUCCGUUAAUUCACCGGCUAGUGGCGGGGGUAAGGAAGGUACCUAUACCAAAGAAGGUGGUUUCUUGGCUUAUUAUGAAGUGUGUGAAAUGUUGCGUAAUGGUGCGUCUUACGUCUGGGAUGAGGAGAUGAAGGUACCCUAUGCGGUUCAUGGUGAUCAAUGGGUUGGUUUUGAUGAUGAGAAGUCCAUCCGGCAUAAAAUGAAGUGGAUCAAGGAGGGUGGGUAUGGUGGUGCGAUGGUAUGGACGGUGGACAUGGAUGAUUUCUCUGGAACUGUAUGUGGAGGUAAUGUGAAGUAUCCGUUGAUCGGUGCUAUGCGUGAGGAGCUUCGUGGUAUCUCCAGAGGCAAGGGAGCUAAGGAUGUGGAUUGGUUGGAAGUUGCUGGUACCAUUGAGGAAGAAGAGGAGAUUGAGAAACCUGCGGCUGUGAAGGUUCCAGUGUCUGAUGUUAUCAAUCGAAUUAGGAAACCCAACAAGAAGGUGGUCCACAAAGGAUCAUUGGCUUUGGAUAAAAAUACACGUGGACCACAAGUCUUCUGUUACAUCACCAGCUGGUCCCAGAAACGACCAGGUGCUGGUAAGUUCACACCUGAGAACGUCAACCCCAGUCUCUGCACACAUAUCAUCUAUGCCUUCGCCACAUUGAAGGACUUCAAACUUGCUGAAGCUGAUGAAAAAGAUGAAGAAAUGUACGAACGUGUGAUUGCUCUCCGUGAAAAGAACCCCGAACUACGCGUGUUGUUAGCUAUUGGUGGAUGGGCUUUCGGUUCCACUCCAUUCAAAGAACUCACCGGGAACACUUUCCGUAUGAAUCAAUUCGUGUACGAUGCCAUUGAGUUCUUGCGUGAUUACAAGUUCAACGGCCUGGACGUUGACUGGGAAUACCCACGAGGUGCGGACGACCGCGCCGCUUAUGUCAAUCUGUUGAAAGAACUCCGAUUGGCGUUUGAAGGCGAGGCGAAGACCAGCGGACAGCCACGACUUUUACUCACCGCUGCCGUACCAGCAUCCUUCGAGGCCAUUGCAGCCGGAUACGAUGUCCCAGAGAUAUCGAAAUACUUGGACUUUAUCAAUGUGAUGACCUACGACUUCCACGGUCAGUGGGAGCGUACGGUCGGACACAAUUCGCCAUUGUUCCCCUUGGAGAGCGCCACAAGUUACCAGAAGAAGUUGACCGUUGAUUUCUCGGCCCGCGAGUGGGUGAAACAAGGCGCGCCCAAGGAGAAACUCAUGAUUGGUAUGCCCACGUACGGCCGCAGCUUUGAAUUGGUCAAUGUUACCCAGUUUGAUAUCGGGGCACCUGCCUCCGGAGGUGGUACCCCCGGAAAGUAUACAUCCGAAGCGGGUUUCAUGAGUUUCUAUGAGGUUUGCGACUUUUUGCAUGAAGAUAACACAACAUUAGUGUGGGACAACGAGCAGCAGGUACCCUUUGCGUACAGGGGUAACCAAUGGGUUGGAUUUGAUGAUGAAAGGAGUUUAAAAACCAAGAUGGCAUGGUUGAAAGAAGAAGGCUUUGGUGGUAUUAUGAUCUGGUCCAUGGACAUGGACGACUUCCAGGGACAAUGCGCAAGUGGUAAAUACCCGCUGAUUCAAGCCAUGCGUCAGGAACUCGAAGGAUACAAAGUGAAACUUGAAUUCAACGGGCCUUUUGAAAGCUCCAACCCAAUUGGGCAAUACACAACAAAAGAUCCUAACGAAGUGACGUGUGAAGAAGAAGACGGUCACAUCAGCUACCAUCCAGACAAGAACGACUGCACGAGAUACUUCAUGUGUGAAGGGGAGCGCAAACAUCACAUGCCCUGCCCGUCGAAUCUCGUCUUCAAUCCCGACCAGAACGUCUGCGACUGGCCGGAGAACGUCGAGGGCUGCAUGCAGCACACACCGGCGCCGGCACGAUAGAAGCACCCACAAACGGAGAAAGAACCUACACCUACACUCACACACACAUUACACACACACAAUGCCUGUACAUCGAGAUGACGCGGUGGGGUCUGUAAAAUACUAAAUAGAAAAAUGGAAACUGGUACUGUGAUCGCGGUUACUGUGUUGUGUUUUUUUAUUUAUAUACUCUCUUCGUUCGCAAAUGUUUUCUUCCAAAAUACAUACGAUAAAAUUACUUGUUUUAUAAACAGUUAAUUAACUUUUAUAUUUAAACUUAAUGUACGUUUAGUAUUAUUAUUCGAAGAUUUAUUAUAUGUACGUGUAUGUUUUCAUAAGAGAAUUUUAAGUAUUAAUGUUGUGACGUUGUAUUGAGCCAAAAAAAUACCCGAAUCAAA